UAGGUCUCCGUCCCGGCUCCAUCCCGAAUUCCCCAUUCCCCAUCUCCCUCCCUCUCCAUGGCCGCCGCCGCCGCUUCCAUGGCCCGCAGGCUGCUCUCCCCCACCACCUCCUCGCCGUCCACCGCCAUACGCCUCCUCAUCUCCCGCCGCAUCGCCUCCGCCCCGUCCAUCCCGCGCGCCCCGGCGGCGGCGGCGAGGGAGAUGCUGCGCCCGGCGGCCGUCGCCUCCUCGUCCUCCUUCCUCCUCCGCGGCGCCGGGGGCGCCAGGGGAAUGGCGCGGCGGCCGGGGGGCGACGGGUACUCCCCCGCGCGGGGCGGGGGCGGGGGCGGAGGGGACCGCGCGCCCACGGAGAUGGCGCCGCUGUUCCCCGGGUGCGACUACGAGCACUGGCUGAUCGUCAUGGACAAGCCCGGCGGCGAGGGCGCCUCCAAGCACCAGAUGAUCGACUGCUACGUCCAGACCCUCGCCAAGGUCCUCGGAAGCGAGGAGGAGGCCAAGAGGAAGAUUUACAACGUCUCGUGCGAGCGCUACUUCGGGUUCGGGUGUGAGAUUGAUGAGGAGACAUCCAACAAGCUUGAAGGGAUUCCUGGUGUUCUGUUUGUACUCCCCGAUUCCUAUGUGGACCCUGAACACAAGGACUAUGGAGCCGAGCUGUUUGUGAAUGGGGAGAUUGUGCAGAGAUCACCCGAGAGGCAGAGGAGGGUGGAGCCCGUUCCGCAGAGAGCGUCGGACAGGCCGAGGUACAACGACAGGACCCGGUACGCGCGCCGGAGGGAGAACCAGCAGCAGCAGCGAUGAUCCACCACACGACCGGCCGAGGCCCGAGCUAGAGGCAACCUGCUGUGCUGUUUUCAACCCCUCGACACAGCAAGUAGUUGGUAUUGCUUGGUUUUAGCAAUCCGUUUCAUGUUGCUACUACUCUGUUAUCUGUAUGUAUUUGACGACUUGGAGCUUGAAACUAAGAACCUUGAUAGCAUAAAAGAAAUUUAGAGCUGUGAGUCGUGUA